AUGGCCAAGUCUCCCCACGAUCCCCACAACAUGCUCGCCGACGAGAUCGAGCGGUCUCCCUCACAGUCUGAGGGAGAAGUGUUGGACACAGAGGUCAAGACCAAUGAUGCUGUCUUUGGUAACAUUACAGACGAUGGUCCCAACUACCGUAAUGUCGGGUGGUUGGGAACCGCAGCUCUCAUGAUGAAGACACAAAUCGGUCUAGGUGUCCUUUCGAUCCCCUCUGUCUUCGAUACCGUGGGCCUCAUCCCCGGUGUUAUCCUCCUUUUGGUGAUUGGAACCAUCACUACCUGGUCAGCCUACAUGAUUGGUGUUUUUAAGCUUCGACACCGUCAAGUAUAUGGCAUCGACGACGCUGGCGGCCUGGUUUUCGGCCGCGUUGGUCGCGAAGUUUUUGGCAUUUCCUUCACUCUUCUCUUGACCUUUGCUGCCGCCGCGGCCAUGAUCGGAAUCUCGGUUGCCCUGAACGCCCUGUCCACUCAUGGCGCGUGUACCGCCGUGUUUGUUGUAGUGGCAGCAGUUUUUGGAUUCGCCUUUUCGAGCAUCCAAACUCUUGGCAGAAUUAGCGCACUGGCAUGGAUCGGUGUUACCUCCAUUGUUAUCGCUGUCUUCACCGUGACAGUUGCUGUCGGUGUCCGGGGCGAACCUGCGCCUCCUACUAAGAGCUUCGAAGGACCAUUGGAGUCCAACUACAAGCUUUUCAAGAACCCCAGCUUUACCGACGCCUUGGGAGCCAUUACCACUCUCAUCUUUGCUUAUGCCGGUACCCCCACUUUCUUCAGCAUCGCGUCCGAGAUGAAAGAUCCUAAGCACUACACUAAGGCGUUGAUGGUGUGCCAAAGCGGUAUUACCCUGGCGUACAUUGUUGUCGGUGUCGUCGUAUACUAUUACUGCGGCUCAUAUGUCGCGUCUCCUGCUCUCGGGUCAGCUGGUCCGUUGAUCAAGAAGGUUGCGUACGGCAUCGCUCUUCCUGGUCUGUUGGUUACCGACCUUCUUCUCCUCCACAUUGCUGCCAAAUCCAUCUUUGUCCGCAUCCUCCGUAAUUCAAGGCAUCUGGCUUCCAACACCGUCAAGCACUGGGUGGUUUGGCUGGGCUCAACCUUUGCCAUUGCCGUUGUGGCAUACAUCAUUGCCAGUGCCAUCCCUAUCUUCGGACAGCUUAUUGCACUCAUCGGCGCACUUCUCGGCCCAAUCUUGUGCUUCUACCCACCCGGUUUCAUGUGGAUGUACGAUAACUGGAAGAGAUAUGAUGGUCAGAAGCAAAGCCGAUGGUACUCUGGAGUGACUGCCAGUGUUUUCGUCAUCGUCACUGGCACGUUUUUGAUUGUCGCAGGCACCUAUAGUGCCAUCUAUACCAUUGUUAAUACGCCGGGAAGUUCUCAGGUUUGGUCGUGUGCGGAUAACUCCAAUUCGACUUAA